AUGGAGAAAAUUGAUUUGCACGCCCAUUGCGUACCUGCGUCUUACCGCGAGUACUGUCUUCAGAAUGACUUUGCAGGAAGAGGCCAUCCCGAUGGAAUGCCAGCCAUACCCGACUGGGAUGCGCUAUCUCACAUCGAGUUGAUGAAGAAACUCAACAUCAAAAAAUCCGUUCUCAGCAUGUCUUCACCAGGCACACAUCUGACCCCAGGCAAUGACCAAGAAGCCCGAAUCGUGACCCGCCGAGCCAACGAGGACAUGUCAAAGACCUGCAUCGAGCACCCAGACCACUUCCUCUUCUUCGCAUCUCUCCCGCUCCCAGACGUCGAAGGCUCUCUAGCCGAAAUCGACUACGCACUCGACCACCUCGGCGCCGUGGGCUUCCAAAUACUAACCAACUCACACGGCAUCUACGCCGGCGACCCACGCUUCGUCCAAGUCUUCGACAAACUCAGCGAAAGAAAGGCAACCGUCUUCUUCCACCCAACAAGCUGCCACAUGCAGCACCCGGAGACCGCAUCCGUGAUUCGCGUAACCCCGAACCCGGGCGUCCCGAGCCCCCUGAUGGAGUUCAUGUUCGACACCACCCGCUCCAUCGCGAGUCUCAUCACCUCUGGCACGGUGAGUAGGUGUCCCGGUAUUACUUUCCUCGUGUGUCACUGUGGAGCCACUUUCCCGCCUAUUCUCGCGCGGAUCGCGGAGUUCUCGAGGUUCUUGUCUACGGGCGGGGAGUCUGUGUCACAGGAGGAGAUCAAGAAUAUAUUGCAGACGCGGUUCUAUAUUGAUCUUGCUGGUGUGCCGUUCCCGGAUCAGAUCCAUGGUAUGCUUCGUGUUGUUGAUACAUCGAGACUCUUGUAUGGAAGUGACUAUCCAUACACCCCGGCGCCUGUCGCUGGGGCUUUGGCCCAGAAGUUGGAUGAGGGUCUAGAAGAGAAUUUUGGGGUUGAAGUAGCGCAGAGAGUCUUGUUUAAAAACGCGGAGGAGUUCAUCUCCAAACUCCGGCCGGAUGCUUAA